AUGGGCAAGCACCACGCCACGCACCACGCGCCGUCCGUCGAAGUCGACGAGAAGACGAUGCAAUUUUUGACCAAGUUUAUGAACACAGCGACCAAGGAAAAGCUCACCGAGACGUUCGAAGGCCACAUCACUGACCACAUGGCCGACCUGAUUGUGGACCAGCGCCUCUUUGGCGGUCUCAAGCAGCUCGACGACAUUCUCGAGAAGAAGAUCAUGCGGAAAAAGCACUUUGAGGCGUUCCAAGACGUCGCGCUGCAGUGGGCCGUCGAGCACAAGCCCAAGGAGAAGCGAGAGACGGCAUGAGCGUCAUCUCGUUUGUUUCGUACUAAUAAUUUGCAUUUUUCACAACUUUCGUUUCUUCGCUGACAAAGCUGUGGAUCGCCAGCAAUUGACGACGCGGC